UGGGAUAAAUCAAAACGUGGCCUACGUUAACCAGAUAGCGUAGGCUACAGAACACUAAUAUACAGCGUAGGGUGUAGUGAUUUGUCUAUGAAUGUUAAAAAUAAAUCAAAAUAAACAGAUUAUCUGUUAAUUUUACGAAUCAAAUUUGAAAUAAUUAUGGCUGUUUGCGUUGCUAUUAUUGGGAAAGAUAAUUCUCCAAAAUUCAUUUAUUGUUCAAACCCAGACGAAGAAUUGAAUUUUCAAUACAAAGUUCUCUCUUCUCUUGAUAUUAUUGAAGAGAAAAUAAAUGGGGUGAAUAAGCCGGUGGACAAUAGAGAACUAUUUCUUGGAAUGUUAUAUGCAAUUGAAACACAUAAAAUAUAUGGGUAUGUUACAAAUACAAAAAUAAAAUUCAUUAUAGUAGUUGAUUUUUCAAAUAUGGCUCUACGAGAUAAUGAAAUAAGAUCGAUGUUCAGGAAGAUACAUUCAGAAUAUACCGAUAUAGUUUGUAAUCCCUUUUAUACACCUGGGAAGCCAAUCACGUUUAAAUCAUUUGCAUUAAGCAUAAAAAAUAUUAUGACUGGAACAGUUUGAGGUGUGGAAGAAUAUAUUUAUUUGAAAAUAGAUUAAUUAACUAAUUUCUUCCAUAGCAGGAACCCAUUCAAGACGAUUAAAUUGUCUUAGAAAAUAUACAUAUUAUAUUUUACUUAAGCUUAAUUAUUGUUUCAAUAAUAAAUACAUAAGGUUUUAUGGAA